AUGAAGGAGGAUGUGAAGCGCUAUGUGACAGAAUACGAAGUAUGCCAACGAAGCAAAACAGAAUCGCUAGGCCCUGCUGGUUUGCUCCAACCGUUACCACUGCUGGACCGCAUUUGGGAAGAUAUAACCAUGGAUUUCAUUGAAGGCCUACCGAAGUCAAUGGGAAAGGAUGUCAUAUUCGUGGUGGUCGAUAGACUGAGUAAAUAUGCCCACUUCAUUGCCUUGACACAUCCCUAUUCGGCGAAAGGAGUGGCAGAGGUGUUUGUGAAGGAGAUCGCAGUUAUCUGCUUGGAUGGUGACGGCUGCAAGAUUAGAAAUGGAUCUGGAUUUACUGAAGGAGAAUCGGAUCUUGAUACCUCAAUUGCUUGCGACUCAUGUGAUACAUGGUAUCACGCAUUCUGUGUUGAUUUUGAKCCUGAAGACACUUCCGAAAGUACAUGGUUAUGCCCAAGAUGUAAGGCUAAUGAUCAGGAAAGUUCCAUCAACGAUUCUGUUCCAUUGUUUAAUAGCCACUAUGAUUCAACAAAUGAUUUGGUUGCUCAAGGUUUUUCCAGAAAGGUGUCGGUAUCAGUUGCUGAUACUGGAGAGACAGCAUUGGUUGUCUCAAUGAUUGGAGGAAAUCAGGUUGACGAAGAACAAACUGAUAACAUCCCAUCAACUGGUGAAAUUGAAAAUAUUUACAAAAUUGAAAAUUUCAUUUUGGCUUCAGAAGCUGGUGGGCCAAAUGUCUCAGCAUCAUUAUUGGAGAAUAAUGCUGUUCUACCGACCCUAUCAAUGGAGAAUAAUUCUGUUCUUCCAGUACUUGGGGCCAAAGAAUUGGAACUUUCUCUGUCACGUGAUACUUCCAUCAGUUUGCCUCAUGAUUCCUGUAGACACGUUGGGUUGAAAACAAGUUGUGCUGAUGAAAUUAUGGCCGAGUCAAGUAGCCUUGAAAGCACCAGAAGUGCUUCAAAUAUAUCUCACGCUAUAAACAAAAUGUCAAACGAUGAAUUUAGUAUGGGUCUUCAUCUUGGUUUACCUGUGGGCUCAUUCUUGUCUGUUGAUUGCGUGAACGAUGGAAACAACGAUCAAGGUGCUGAUGUUAAGCAGCAGUUGUUUCCUUCAGAAGAACACUUGUUACUAGCUGAUAAUGUYGCAUCACACACCACCCAGGAAGCUUCUGUAAUUACUGGCGUAAAGAGGAAACGCACGGAUUGCAGUGAUCACGUUCAGAAGACUGGUGAUAAUGGAGAUAAUGGACCCAAUUCUGAUAUAAAAGUUACUACCACAAAACUUGCUCAGGGGAAGAAUCAACCAGUUCUUUCUAAAAAUGAUGCUGAUCAAACGAAGCAAGAUGAUACAAAAAGUUUGGCUAUGCCAUUAGUUCGUAAGGAAGCCAGCUUGAAACGAAGAUCAGUAAAGCAAGAUAUCAAAGUUGAUAUAAUGAGUAUAGUUCGUGGCCGAAACCGCAGGCUUCCUCCCAAAGGCCUUGCAAGCUCAAAUUCUAAUGAUGAAGUGUCAGAUCAGCGAGAAAAUCUGACUGGUUUAAGAGUCAAAAAGAUCAUGAGGAGAGCCGGUGAGGACCAGGAAUCAUCCAUGCUAGUUCAGAAACUAAGAAAUGAAAUAAGAGAAGCAGUCCGCAACAAAUGUUCAAMAGAUUUUGGGGAAAACCUUUUGGAUUCAAAGCUUCUUGAUGCUUUCAGGGCUGCAGUAUCAGGCCCUAAAACUGAAUCCCAGAAAAGAUUAUCAGCUUUGGCUAUUAAGGCAAAAAAGUCAUUAUUGCAAAAAGGGAAAAUCCGAGAAAGUCUGACAAAGAAAAUAUAUGGGGCUACUAAUGGAAGAAGAAAGCGUGCAUGGGACAGAGACUGUGAAAUUGAAUUCUGGAAGCAUCGUUGCAUAAGAGCGAGAAAGCCCGAAAAGAUUGCAACUUUGAAAUCUGUCCUUAACCUCUUAAGAAAUAGUUCACAGAGCCCAGAUGCAAAACACGGUUCUGAAUGUCAGCCUGCAAAUCCAAUUCUUUCUCGAUUGUAUGUAGCAGAUACAUCUGUCUUCCCACGGAAUGACAACAUCAAGCCUCUGUCGGCUCUCAAAUCUUCCUCUUCUUUGGAGCAGAAGAAAGAUCCACCCACAGGGACUAGCAAGGUUUCAUCAAAGGCUGGAAUUCCUCUGGCAGCAAAUGCGGGGAGUAAUUGUUCUAUAUCUGCCCCAAAGAGUGCUGCAGGUUCUGGUAAAGGAAAUCAUAGUGGGAACUUAGAAGCAUCAGUUGGUUCUAAACUUAAACCACAGAGUACAGUUUCUUCUACAUCUAAUAAUGCAAUUGAUAAAAGAAAAUGGGCCCUAGAAGUUCUUGCUAGGAAAACUGGUGAUGGCUGCAGUGUAGCAAAUAAAAAGGAGGAAGACAUGGCUGUACUUAAAGGAAAUUAUCCUUUGCUAGCUCAGCUACCAAUAGAUAUGAGACCAAAAUUGGCACCCAGUCGCCAUAACAAAAUUCCCGUAUCAGUAAGGCAGGCACAGCUUUACCGUCUGACAGAGCAGUUCCUGAAGAAAACAAAUUUGGAAGUUAUGCGCAGAACUGCCGAGACAGAGUUGUCAAUUGCAGAUGCCGUUAAUAUCGAAAAGGAGGUUGCCGAUAGGUCAAACAGCAAACUCGUGUAUCUUAAUCUAUGUUCCCAGGAGAUAUUGCAUCGUAUAGACAMUAGCACAUUAAAUACGACAGCAGAUUUGGAUUCCUCAUCCCUGUCAAAUAAUCCCACCCAUGGAUCUGAACUGGCCACUGAUCCAGAAACAGAUCCUGUUGUUGAAGAAGCACUGAGAAAUGCUGGUCUAUUAUCUGAUUCGCCCGUGAAUAGCCCGGCAGACACGACCAAUGUCAAUGAUGAUGACGAUGACCCUAUGAAAGAGUUACAAGAUGAAGAACCUGAAAACGUGAUUGAAAUGGAUGGCCAUCCAGAUUUGGAUAUAUAUGGUGAUUUUGAGUAUGAUCUGGAGGAAGAAAGCUGCUUCACCACUAACGAUACCAAGGUUCUGAAACCACCAGAUGAAGGUGAGACAAAAAUGAAAGUUGUUCUAUCCACCUUCAACUCUGAAAGUUCGAUUCAURCAUCCGAGGCUGAGAAGUCUGAGAGGUUGGAGAAUGUUGAGCUACUGAAGGAUGCUUCUUGCUCGCCAAAAAACCAAACUGAUGUGGAGAUUGGAACUGCCGCUUUGGAGGGUGAGAUGGAAGGGUCUGUUGCUGUUCCUCCAAUUAGUAAAGAAGUUGAAGAACCUUCCUUGGCCGAAUAUGAAGAGCUAUAUGGACCUGACACAGAUCUAGACGUUAAGAAACUUCCUAGUCCUUGUGUUGUACCUACUUCAGAACUUUCGUCUGAGCAGAAAGAUUCUUGUAAUGAUGAAAAUUCUCUGCCAAUCCAAGGUGGAAAAGAAUCAGACUUAAAAUGUGAGGAGAGGGUAAACAGAGMAGCUGUCAUCACCGGUUGUCCCGACCCCCCUGGUGGAGAAUGUUCUCCCCAUAGGAAGGAGAAGUCCAGUUCCAAUGAUAAUAAGCAGUCUGAUAGCAUCAACUCUAUAGCUAAGAAGGUCGAAACAUAUAUCAAGGAACACGUCAGACCGCUGUGCAAGAGCGGGGUCAUAACGCCCGAACAAUACAGAUGGGCAGUCCAGAAAACCACUGAGAAGGUUAUGAAGUACCAUUCGAAGGAUAAGAAUGCAAAUUUUCUUAUCAAGGAGGGUGAAAAGGUGAAGAAGCUUGCAGAACAGUAUGUAGAGGCAGCACAGAGGAAGGGCAUUGAUUAAUAUCGACCACCAUGGCAUUUCUCGAGUUGUAGAAGCUUCGAGCAUGUUGUCGAAAGGGUGGUUUAUGAUCCUUGCAACAAAUAGGAGUUACAUAUUUGGUAAGCAACUAUGUUUCUCGUUGAGUAUUAGUUCUGUCCACUUAUUCACAAAUUGAAGCACUAUGUUUCCUAAAGGCUAUAGAAUAAAUGAAAGUGUAAAUUUGUGUCUGAACAGAGACGAGAAACUUUUGGGAGUAGCCUCUUUAUUAUGGUUGAUUUCCCAUAAUGUUUAAA